GCAAAACUUUCUGAAUUUUCAGGAAAAGAUUUACUGGCUUGCAAGGCUGACUGGAUCAGAGUGAGCCAAGACCCCAACAUGUUUUCCAGCUGCCUGGAGAAGUUGCUUUUGGCUGUUGCACCCCAGGCUUCUUCUCCUGAAGGCAUCACUCUCCUAGGGAUACCAUCCUUCAAUCCCAUCAAACUGGACAACUUUGAGUUGCCAAGAAACAUACCACUCAAGGGCUCUGUCAAGAAUGUUGUAAUCUACAAUGUGACCAGUGCAUUCAACAGGGAUCAAUCCUCAAUCAUCUAUGAUGUGCCAACAAAAACAGCCAUCUUGACAGUGAACCUCCCAUCCUCCAUUGUGGAAACCACCUAUGAUCUGAAACUAGACCUCAGUGAUUACCUCGGGUUCUCACCUCCAGAGGGCGCUCAGCAGAUAGAUGGCGCUCGCUCCAGAGGGAAAACUCGGACUCGACUUGAUGACGUCGUCUGCACUUGUUUUGCUGUCAUGAGGGAGAAGAAAAAAGGCGGCUUGGUCAUUGAAAAGGCUUCUGCUCAAAUUCGUUUUGGGAAGUUUAAAAUGUUGUUCGAGCCUUACGACCGUGAUGAUCAACUCGCUCGUCUGAUGAAUAUUGUGGCAGAAACCGAUGGAGUGAAACCAAUCGUGGAAAGCAUGUCCAUACCGAUUGCUUCCAGAAUGUCAGCUAUGCUCGGAAACCUGUUCCAUCAAGGCUGGAAACGUUUGAGCGACCUCUAAGCAGUUUCUCUAAAACUCAACCCUGUUUCCCACUGAUCAAAGCAGAAAGAUGGCAUUCCCUGGUACUGCGCAAAACCGUGGCUGAAUUCAACGCUUAUAACAGUAUUAUGGGGCUGAUUUGAAUGACUGCGUGAAGGCAUUUUGGGAACUCUUGCAUUCUUUGGUGAUAUGACCUGGUACAAUAAUAAAACCUUAUUCAUCUUUGA